AUGGUCCCUUCUCCUCCUCUAACUGUAACGACUUCUUCUACCACCCCUCCUCUGGAACCCAACAGCGUCACUCCCCCGUCAUACAGUCUGACUCCAGGAGGCUCUCAUUUUCAAGACAGCUUCCAAGCAGCUGAGGCACGGACAUACGAGCAACUCGGCCCACCUCCAUCCCACAUGAUCCCGGAUCCAUCUGCGCCCUUGCUGGAGGAGCCGAAGCAGCCAGGACCCACGAAUCACAUGAUCAUGACUCUAGUCAGUGCUGAAGAUACAGUGAAAAGCGAUUAUCAACUUCCUCCGCACCAGCGGCUACCAGCCUAUCUUCCCAACGGUGCGGUGAAACUGGAACCGAAUGAAAAUGUGGGAGUGAGGUCUCAACCUUGUCUGCCUGGGGACACCCACAACGGCAACAAACUGGAUUUUUUGAGCCUCCAACAGAUCAACUGCAUUUGCCAGACCCUGCAUCAGGCACACGAAAUCGAUCGCCUCGCCAAUUUUCUCAAUUCCCUUCCCAAGAACCUGUUGGUGGACGGAGGAGAAGAAGUGGUCCGUGCAAGAGCUACUGUCGCAUAUCAUCGAGGGGAAUAUCGGGAGUUGUACUCCAUCCUGGAGUCCUUUCAGUUCUCGUCAAGGCAUCACCCGGAACUCCAGAGUAUGUGGUUGAGUGCACAUUACAAGGAAGCCGAGAAGACCAGAGGUCGACCUCUGGGCGCAGUGGACAAGUACCGAUUGCGUCGCAAGUUCCCACUCCCCAAGACCAUCUGGGACGGAGAAGAGACUAUAUAUUGCUUUAAGGAGAAAAGUCGCAUGGUCUUGAAGGAGUGCUAUCAAAGGAAUCGCUAUCCGACUCCGGAAGAGAAACGGAAUUUGGUUCGCAAGACGGGACUCACGCUGACUCAAGUUUCUAACUGGUUCAAGAAUCGACGUCAACGUGACAGACCUGGACACCGAAGGUUCGUUUAA